AUGGCGUCCAUCCUUCCUCCGAUCCCACGAGCGAUCUUUACGAUCUUCGAGCCAAUAUCUCUCGUUGCGGGAUGGAUCGCGCCGUUCAUCAACAUGUCCUACUUCGUGAACUCCCAGCUCCCAUUCCUCAACCCCCACACCCCUCUUCCCACUGAGGAAUUGCUCGCGCUGCAGCUAUGUAACCUGUACGGGCUCCUGGCGCUGGUGGGAUUGGCGGUCUUGCACACGACGACAGAGGCGAGGGUCGUUCAUGGGUAUCUGGUGGCGCUGUGGAUUGCCGAUAUCGGACACAUCGCCAUUUGCGCGUGGGGAUUUGGCUUGGAGAGGACGCUGGAUGUGGGGGAGUGGGAUGCUCUAGCUUGGGGGAAUAUCGGUGUGACUACGUCCCUUUGCGUGGCUAGGACGUUGUAUCUCCUCGGGGCUUUUGGCCCGGAUCGGGACUCUAGGAAGAAUUUGAAGCGAGGCAAGACGAAUUAA